AUGGUCCUGGGACUGGUGGACAAUAGUGCCUACGUAGGAAGCAAAGAGAAGAAUCCGUACAACUUCAAACACAAUCAUGUCACCAUGAUGAAGCUCAAAGUCAACGGCCAGGAAGUACAUUGCACGGAAAUGAAAAGCGACUUCAGCAACAACAGCGCCCAUUUGAAACAAGUCUACAUGAAUCUGUUCCGAAACACGGGGCAGCUAUGGCGCCCUGAGACCUGCGAACUGACUCCCAAGGCCUUUACUCAAGGUUACACCUUGUGGGUGGUGGAUCUCACCCCAGACCUUGGCGCUGAUGAAGGCAUCAACUACCCUCGACACACUGGCAAGUUGGGUUUGGAAAUCCAGUUUGGACAAGCUCUCGAGGACCCAGUCACCCUCAUCUGCUAUGAGGAAUACGAAAAUGUUCUGGAAAUAGAUCGUUUCCGGAAUGCGAUGAUGGUAUAA